GGCGGCGGCGUCGAGGCGCCUGAGGCGAGGGGUCGUUGUGGCCGGGGCCCGGGGCCGCCUCGGGGCUGGCGGGGAACGUGGCGUGACUUGAUUCAAGAUGGUCUCACGAUGCAUUUGGUCGAUGCAAGUUGUAUGGACUGUACUGAGCAUUUACUCCUUUGCAGAUGGUCUUGUGAAAUUGUGUGGCCACAUCGUUCCAGAGUCUCCAGUAGUACCAAUUGGCUCCAAUUUUACAGCAUUAUGUGUUCUCAGUGACAGUUGUCAGAACAUUCCUGGCAAUGUUCAUGCCAAUCAGAUAAUCUGGAAGACUAAAAAUAAGGUGGUUCCUAAAGAACAAUACACCAUAAUAAACCAGACUGCUUCUCUUGUAACAUUUAACGACACCUCUACAUUGGUUUCUCCUCUGACGUGCAAUAUCUUAGUAGAAGGAUCCAUUGAGCAGAACAUCUAUGGAAUUCAGGUUCAGCUGGGCUUACCUCCGGAGGAACCUAAAAAUUUAAGUUGCAUUGUGACUCAAACAGAAAAGGACAAGUACGCUCUGCCGUGUACUUGGGACCCUGGAAGAAACACUUUCCUGAAUACCAAGUAUUAUUUAAGGCAUAAGUGGGUUUAUGAGAAUUUCUCUGACUGUAUCCCGAGUGACGGAAAUAACAGUUGCACCAUUGAAAAUGCUAUGUUCUUUGUCAAUGUCGACGUAUGGGUAGAAGCUAAGAAUGACCUUGGGAAAGCUGAAUCUGAACACAUUAAGUUUGAUCCUUCAACAUGUGUGAAACUUCUGCCUCCACGUAAGGUUUCAGUCAACGUAAGUGAACUUCCCACAGUCCUGAAACUGUCAUGGGAUAAUCGGUUUGAUUUAGAUUUGGAAUUGGAGUUUAACAUUCGAUACAAAGUCAUUGACAGUUUGGACUGGCUAGAGGUUCCUCCUGAAGACAUAGCAACACGGAGAACUUCCUUCAUUCUCCAAGAUCUGAAGCCACAUACCAAGUAUGUAUGUCAGGUGCGUUCUAAGAUUAAACGCUGGGCAGAGGCGACGUGGAGUGAUAACUGUCCAGCUCGUUGGAGUGACUGGAGUAAAGAAGCAGUUGGAGUCACAGCUGAAGAUAAACCAUCUAAGGGGCCAGCUUUGUGGAGAAAGAUUAUUGCUUCAUCGCCAGGACACAGGACUGUGCUGCUGAACUGGAAGGAGUUGGAUCCUUCUGACGCCAAUGGAAUAAUUUUAAGGUACGAAGUAAAUGUCACCGCAAAGCCACCAUUUUCUUCUUCACCUGAGUUCUUCAGUUUGAAUACCACCCAGCUGAUUCUUAAUAUACAAAAUGGGACAUAUGAAGUGAGAGUUACGGCAUAUAACAGCGUUGGUGGGUCUCCUGCAUCACCUUUGGUUAUCCCAGCAACCAAUUCAAAACUCAUUUCAACUCCUGUGAAAGAUGUUAAAGCGUCUCCUAAAGAUGGGAAACUCUGGGUGAAUUGGACAGCUGCCAAUGACUAUGCCAAUAAAUACAUAAUUGAAUGGUGUGAACAGUGUGACAGCUCAAACUGCAGUUUUGAAUGGCAACAGGAACCUGGAACAGCUCAAGGCACAUUUUUAAGAGGAAAUAUAAAGCCAUUCAAAUGUUACUUGAUAACUGUGUAUCCAUUAUAUGCCAAUAGUCAAGGAGUUGGAAAAUCAACACAAGCUUACCUUCUACAAGGCGAGCCUGCAAAAGGUCCCAGUGUUCGAACAAAGAAAGUUAGGAAAAAUGAAGCCAUUUUAGAAUGGGAGCCUCUUUCUGUGGCAGAACAGAAUGGAUUCAUCAGAUAUUAUGGUAUAUCUUAUAAAAUGAUGAAUGGAAAUGAAACAGUGAUUAAUGUGGACCCUUCCACAACAGAAUAUACACUAUCAUCCUUAUCAAGUGACACCCUGUAUAUGGUACAGAUGGAAGCAGUCACAGACAAGGGAAGAAAACGCGGUCCCUCUUUCACAUUUACUACGCAGAAGUUUGGGGAAGGAGAAAUUGAAGCAAUAGUUGUCCCUGUGUGUCUGGCAUUCCUGCUAAUAAUUCUCUCGGGAGUACUAUUUUGCUUCAACAAACGAGAUGUCAUCAAGAAGCAUAUCUGGCCUAACGUGCCUGAUCCUUCCAAGAGUGUAAUUGCUCAGUGGUCACCUCAAACACCAUCCAAGCAUUUUAAUUCCAAAGAGCAAAUAUAUCCAGAAGGCAGCUUUACUGAUGUCAGUGUGGUCGAAAUUGAAGCUGAUGACAAGAAAUCCUUUUCUGAACAGGAUCUGAAACCUUUUGACUUGCUUAAAAAGGAGAAAAAUGCGUCGGAGGGCCACAGCAGUGGUAUAGGGGGGUCCUCCUGCAUGUCUUCUCCUCGACAGAGUGUUUCAGAUAGUGACGAAGGUGAACCUGCUCAAAACACUUCAAGCACUGUGCAGUAUUCGACUGUAGUACUUAAUGGCUACAGAGAUCAGAUACCUUCGGUUCAGACCUUUUCCAGGUCUGAAUCCACCCAACCCCUGCUGGAUUCUGAGGAGCGGCCAGAAGAGCAGCAGGUGGCGGACAGUGGUGGCUCAACCCCGAUGCAUCGUUAUUUCAAACAGAAUUGCAAGCAGGAGGAGCCUGUCAUGGAUGAGUCUCAUUUGGAAAGAGUAAAACAGAUUUCUCCAAUAAACGAAGAAGAUAUUGCUGGACUUCAAGCCUCACAAACAUGUGGCUCUGGUCCGGAAAGAGAUGAACAGGAAGCAGCCUUAGCCGGCACCUUCUACCCAAGCCCUGCAGGGCAAACUCCGGAGUUUGAAACCUUGGGCAUAAGUGCAGUAACUGAGGAUGAGAUGCCAAAAUGCUAUCUACCACAGACCCUGAGGCAGGGUGGUUACAUGCCCCAGUGACUCAGAGAGCCUGCCUCCUGCUAGGCCUCCAAUUACAACCUCCUAUAAGUUAAAAUAUUUUUUUAAAACUUGCUUCAAAUGAACCAUUCUCUUAAUGGAAAUGCAGAUUUGGGAAUUUUGGAGUAGACUUUCAUUAGGAAAUUUCCUUCUUGUCCUCCUUCAAGCACUACAUCCCAUUCAGGCUUUCGGAGAAAUCUGUGAUGCCUUUUUGGGCCCUGUGGCAUCCCAUUUCAUUUUAAUGUGAGAUGGAGGAUCGCUCUGAUUUUGUCACAGCAGUAAAGGCGCCGAGAUGGGGACUGACUUCUUAUCAUUAUAUUCUGAAGACGUUAAGACUUACAUGUUGAAUGCUUUCUUUUUUGGUAGGCGAGGGUCUGCCUUUAAAAAGUUAAAGGAAUUACAGUAUCUUAUCUUGAACAACCUUUUCAAAAAAAUUAACCAGGGACCAAUCUUUGACUGUCUCUGGUUUGGGGUAGAAUGCAGUGUAUUAGUUUGUGCUGCAUGGAUUCCCAGAUUAACUGACUAGAAAGGCAACAUUUAUUUUAGGAUCCUCUUCCCAACUCACACAAAUCUGUGCACAUGCUCUCUCAGUAAACUUGAAGUCGCUGCCAGAGGAUGUAGUGAAGGCCACAAGCAUUUAAAAGGGGAUUAAACAAAUUCAUGAAGAAGAACUCCAUUGGUGGCAACUAACCAUUGAUACUAAACAGAACCUCCACAUUCAGAGGCAGUAAAGCUCUGAAUUACCAGUACUGAGAGGCAACCUUAGGGAAAGGCCUUGGUCUCUUUGCCCUGUUGUUGGCCCUCCAGAGUAACUGAUUGGCUACUAUGUGAUCAAGGAUUCUGCAUUAGAUGGAUCACUUGUCCGAUCCAGCAGAGUUCUUAUGUAAAGGUCUACAAUGAACCAAGUAAAGUAUUUACCAUCUAGUCAAGUAUGACCUUUGUCAAAACCUGAAUGCUGGUAUAAUUUUUAGUAUUACACCUCUGUGUUUUGGCCUCUCUUAAUAUGAGCCAUAGUGAAGUUUGGAUAUUCUAUUUAGAAUGUGAACUUUUUAUGGUUAAAUAUUGAUCCAAAAAUGUUGUACAUGUGCAUGCUUCCUUUUGUUUUCACUAGGUAAGGCUCUAGUAAAACAAACAUCUAAAUGAAUAUUAUAAUAAAGUUUUAUAGGGCAAGCAUUGUGUUGCUAGUAGGAAAGCCUGCCACUCUUUUACAGACUGCCUUACCAGGUUCUAGUAUUCCUUGCUGCCAUUGACUGACAUUAUGGAUUUCUAGCGCACUUUGAGAAAACUACUCAAAAGGGCACCAGGAAGAACCACAAAGCCUCAGCAUGUUGGAUGGAGAGUAUUCUCUCCCUUCCCACCUACAUUCUUUCAUUUCAUGACAAAAUCUUUCCUAUAAACAUUUCUUUCAGUUUUAUGUAUUUUCAGAGUAAAAUCAUCUAGGUCAAUUUGAGUUCUAUAAGCUGAUGAAUCUAAUCGCAUUACAGUGUUAAUAAGAUGAGUCUCUGAUUCUGAAGAAAGCCAAAAACACUACAGCUGUUUUAAAGAGAAAUAAAGGUUCCUUUAAUUCUGCCUCAAAUAAUAUAAUGAUGUGUGAUAACAUAUUUUGGAAUUCCUGGGGCUAGGGAGACAUCAUCUCUGUAGAUCUUUGUUGCUUCUUAAGAUUGUGCCCAGUUACAACUGGUUAUACUGAAGGCACUAGCUAGAUGAAUGUAAUGUCAACUCCAAGACAAGAUAUCCAGGAAUAACUUUUAAACACUUCCAGAUGUUAUCCACAAAACUGUUCCAAUAACGGCUGUGUCCUAGAGUCAGUUAUCAGUAAGGAUGGUGAUAAUGUGUGCCAUAACCUUGUACAAAUCCUUCUUUUGGAUACGUUUCCUUCCUCUUGGUUCUACUGCUGGAUUUCUUAACUGCACCUUGCAUGUAUUGUAGUAAAACUUCUAUCCAGUGUUCUUUAAAAGUGUGUUCUUUUACCUUCUCUAACAACUUAAAUACACAUUCUAUUCAAGAAUAUUUGUGCUAUAUUGGGAACACUAUCUAGAUAUCUAUGCCUAAUAUAUUAUUUGGACUUGAUCAGCUCUCAGUCUGAUAAAAUAUUUUACUCUCAUGGUCAUUGCACAUCAGCGCAUCAAAAUCUGCCCAAAAUGUAUCAUAAAAUGUAUAAAAGCAAGUAAAUACAAGAUAAAUAUGUGUAUGUUUUGAA